UCCGGAGAUUUAUUCUUCCUGCGUGACUUCAAACCGGGGCAGUAAAUUUCGGCACGAACUUUUUUCCAGACACCGCUGCGAACUUAUAUUGCCGUGUCGCGAGAAGAACGAGCAUUGUAGAGCAACGAAAGCAACGAGCAUGAAGAAGAAGAAGAGAAGAAUGCCGGCGAUGGCGGUGAAGAGCGAGGCCGCGUUCCAGAGCCGGCGCGGGAUCCAGCUCUCCACUUGCAGCUGGACGCCAUCCUCGGCAGCAGCCACCAAAGCUCUGGUCUUCCUGUGCCACGGCUAUGGCAUGGAGUGCAGCGUCUUCAUGAGCAAGGCCGGGGAGAAGCUCGCGGCCGCCGGCUACUGCGUCUUCGGCAUCGACUACGAAGGCCACGGCAAGAGCGACGGGAUGCGCUGCUACAUCCGCCGCUUCGACGACAUCGUGGACGACUGCCACGACUUCUUCCACUCGGUUCGCUUGCGGCCCGAGUUCGCUGGCAAGCCGGCCUUCCUCUACGGUGAGUCCAUGGGAGGUGCGGUGGCGCUACUGCUGGAGCGGCGGAGCGGCGGCGGCGGCUCCCAGAGCCCGGGAGAUUCCUCCAACUGCUGGAGCGGUGCCAUUCUCGUUGCGCCGAUGUGUAAGAUCUCCGAGAACAUGCUCCCGACGCCGUGGCUGCGGUGGCUGCUCAUCAAGCUCUCGGCUCUCAUCCCGACUUGGAAGGUGGUUCCUAUCAAGGACGUGAUCGAGCAGUCGUUCAAGGACGAGCGCAAGCGCCGGGCCAUCCGGAGUAACCCGUAUAUAUACACCGAUAGAAUGAUCCUCAAGACCGCCGUGGAGCUGCUGCUGACGAGCCUGUCACUGGAGAAGCUGCUCGGCCAGGUGAAGAUGCCUUUCAUUGUGUUGCAUGGCGAGGAUGAUCGCGUCACGGACCCGGCCAUCAGCAAGGAGCUCUACGCCGCGGCCAGCAGCUCGGACAAGACCAUCCGGAUCUACUCGGGGAUGUGGCACGGCCUCACCACCGGCGAGCCCGACCAUAACGUCGACUUGGUGUUCCAGGACAUCACUGAGUGGCUUGACAAGAGGUGCGCAGUGGCGGACUACUCUUUGUCUUCGUUGGAUGGGCUCAAGAAGCUGCAGCACGAUCCUCUCUUUUGCAAAGGGAUGGAUCUAGAUGCUCGCUCUUAGUUGUUUUUCCAUUUCAAAAUUCAAUGCCGGCAGCUCUGCAAAAGUAUGGAGUUUUUUU